UGGAGGAUGUAAGAUGGGGUUAGAAGGGUCUGAGAGAUUCAGACCGGGACGUCGUGGACUGGGAGGCCGGAUAUUAAUGAAUGAAGGACUAUGACGGUGACUUUGGUCUGGAAGAAAUGUUCAGAAAUGUAUUCCAUUAAGGCCUGUCACUCGUCCUCAGGAUCAAUGGCGUCCUGUGUCACAUCAUGUUGUAACUUGAUCCUGUCUGCCACAGCGCUCUACUCUUCCUAUAAACUGUUUAAGAACCACAGAGGCCCCUCCGUUGGCUUCUUCCUACUCGGCCUUUCUGCAGCCCUCUGCAUCGUGCAUCCCUCCAGCUCAGCCCUCACCUCCCUCCAGAGAGAUGCAGAGUGGGCCGGCGAGGUCCUGGCUCCAGUGCUGGUCUCCUUCGACUUGCUGUGGCUCAGUCAAGACCACAACACGGCACACAUCCUGCUGUGCGGCUCCUGUCUGCUGCUCGGACUCUCGGACUGGCUUUCAGCAGAUGCUUUCCUGGUCAUGAAUCGCUGCCUGGGCCUGUCCUCUUUGUCCUGCUCCCUGACCGUGUGCCUGUUUGCCGGGAACGCUUCAGGGGCCUUGGGCGGCGUGGCCCUCAGCCUCCCGCUCCUUGUGUUUCAGAGGGUCGGAACAAAAGCUUCUCCUUCGCUCAUUUCUCCAGCCGCUACCAUAGGACUGACGCAGUGGCUUUUAAAAGGGUCGUUGUCGAUAGGCUGCUGGGCAUCGACGCGGGCCCUCGACACAUUUCUGUUAGACGUGACCGACCGAAGUAACAUAGGCUUUUAAAUUUGAUGUGAUGAUGUGUGGACAGAUUCUCUACUAAUGUCUGUGUCAGGGGGCCACCAGGUGACGAAUUGAACAAAACUAAAUGUGCCUAAGUUGCUUAAUAGUUCAAAUAUCUGGUUCUGUCUUAUCAGAUGGCAGCAGUAUGCUGCUUUUCCCUUUGCUACAAUAUGCGUCAUGAACUGAUUCUGACGUCUCCUAAGGCGAUGACACGUUUUUCCUAUUUUCUGGCAAUUAAUAGAUUAAAAGAUUAAUAACAAUGUAACCGAUAGACAGUGAAAUAAUAAAAAUAAAGUGACUUUUAACUAGGAGAUCAGGCAAAGUAAAAGCAUAACGUGGUUCCAUACUCGAAUGCUUUUGCAAACAGCUCUAACAGCGUUAAAUUACAAAGUUCCACAUUAAGGUUUUUUUUUUCGUGUCAUUAGCUGCUAAACCGAGGCUUUGGCUGAACUCCAGCUGACCUCCAUAUCGGUAAAAGCACACGGUCACACAGAUAUACUUGAAUUUACACGAGAGGCCGUGGUAACGUUCGGUAUCAGCUGUGGUGUAACAAUAGCCCUUGUCAGCAUACACCGGGGUUGACUUCAUGAUGUCAUCCAAUUUGCUGAAGCUCUCAUGCAUGUGGUCAUUACACUGAAUGUUAAGCAGGGCCGUACUCUUAGAUCACGGAGACUCUGCACACACAUCUCCUCUGUCAGUUUUAGUGUGAUGGAUUCUGGAAACAUCUCGCUGCCUCAGAGUCUUGGUGAUAUUUGUUCUGCAGCCUCAGCAGCAUCACUGUAAAAUAUCUGCAGUGGUCAAAGCCGUUGGCCGAGCUCUUACAUCAUCCUCACUGUUUGAUAUGUAUCGCUGCACUUUUUUUUUUUUUUUUUUUUUUAUUGCUUCCUUGGGUUGUAGCAGCUGUAAUUGUUACCUAAAUGGUGAUCACCUAAAUGAGGCCCGUGUGCCCACGGUGUUGUCCUUGCAGGAUAUUGAUGUUCCUGACAGAGAUCUGUUGUGGACACUGCAGAUUCUCUCUCAGGAUUUUAGGGGUGUGAGCUGCUGCCUCAGCAGCUUUACUGCAGUAUAAGUGUCCGUGGCUCUGUGCCUGUCUCUGGUAAAUUACAUCGCCUUUAUCCAACUUCGGACCAGAAUUAAACAGUGAUACUUUUGAACAUGUUUAACAAACAAUUUUGGAGAAUUGUAGUUGAACCCAGGAUGAUCGUGAUAAUUGUGCUGCAUCUGUUUUCAUAUGAUUUCUGGCAUUGAAUGUGACAUUUUGUACUUUUAUUUAUCAAGUUACUUGGUUUGUUUUUGUUAUAAUGAAUGUGAAUAUUCACUAAGAGAGAGUGUUACUAACAUACCUUAUUACAUAAAUAAACUGUUCAUCAGUA